CACACACAACCCUGAGAAAGAAGGAAGUCACUGAAAAGGUUGGCCAGCUGUAGAUCUGUUGCCCCUUCUUCUGUGUUCCAGCCUCAGAACAUCAAUUUCCAUCGUGCACAACCCUAAGAUUCUCGUCUCUUUUCGUCAUUCUCAAGUGUUCAGUAGGCACCCUGAGCGCGAGUGUUUCAGACUUCACUCAGUUAAAGGGUCUAUCGCAUCCGGAGACAUGGGUAGGAAAUGGUUACGAGAAUGCUUGGCACCAUUCGACAAUCGAUCUCACCGAUUUUCUCCGCUGGUUCGGGUAUUAAAUAAAUGAGUUGUUUUCAAUCAGGCGAAACCUCCGAUGACAUCAUUGUGACGCAAGAGCCAACAGGGCCAAUCAUGGAGGGGCCAAUGCGAGGGCGGCGGCGCCGUUCCCCCGGCCGGCCGGCGCCGUUCCCCCAUUUUCUCUCGGAGACAGACAUCGUCUGGUUUGGAGAUGGCGUCGUACAUGGCUACGUGUAUGAAACAACCUAUUUCUUCGAAAGUGCUUUGAGUUUCGUUCAGUGGUGAAAUUGCAACAUGUCGUCAGGUUCGUGAACGUGUCGUGGUGCUCCUGACUGCAAAGAAUCGUCUGAGGCUAACCCAGAACUGACAUUUCACGAGCCCAAGGUCUGGGACGCCAAACGAAAGCCGCAAGCGCCGGCAGGCUUCUUAGCGUGGCAGAAGAAUUGCACGUUCGGCACGUUUGUUGCUCGCAUUUUGCCGACGAAACGUACGUGGAGGCCGACUUGUUGCACUCCAGUAGUGUCAGGGAAACGAAAGAGGCUAAAGCCCUAUGCUGUGUCCACAUUGUUCCAUGAGAAAAUGGACACCACCGACGGGCAGGAUGAGCAGGGAUAAACUCUCAACAACAUAACAAGAAGUAUGUACGACAGUAACAAGAAGUAUGUAUCGCAGGUGGAGGCAAGCAGCUUUGUGGAAUCUGCUUCAGGUGGUGAGUAUGAGAAGCUCGAUUUAUUAGGAAAGUUAGGUGUUGCACAGUGAAUGAAAUGUGAAUCAUGGGUCACAGUGAAUGUUCAUGUAGUGAAACCGGCAGCCUAUGCAAGAGUAUCAGCCUCUGCGAGUGAUAUAUAUUGCUCAUAUACUGUGAAGGCUUGAUGUUGUUAUAUUGUGAAUUUUUAUUUUUAGCUUCUGGAAGCGAGGCUUCCACCUGCGUCACACACUGAACGAGCCACUGAAACUGAAGUAAAACAAGGCCCUUUCCAGGGCCACCACUUUUUAUGCAGAGACAAAUACUGCGCACUUCAAGCUUCACAUCUGCACUGCUUGUGUGUUGUAUGGAAGGAAAGAGGCUGUUACCACCCUGUCUACAUGAACCUCAGUGGCAGCCCUCCACACAACUGAAAAGAUAUCAAGAACGGGGGAAAUAAAAUCUAUUGUCAUAAUGUAGUCUGCUUUUAUUUCACACGUUUAAUAUUUGUAUCAGGUUCACAAAGCUUUCUUGUACACAGGGGGAUAUAAAAAUGUGGUAGUAUACGCAUUGGCACUGACAUCUAUCCUCCAUUUAGAAAUGAAGCAUAAAUCCAGCAUGCUCAGGGCAAAAGGCAUCAGUUCCUUUUUCCAUUCAAACAUAGGUGAAAAAUGUGGUACAAAAGAAACUACUCUAUGGUAAAGCUGAAUAGGCUACUCAAAAUAUGUAUUACACAAGUACCAGUGCUUGUCCUCAUUGUGUGAUAACCUUGGUUUGCAAUGAAAUUUAUUUACACGCUCCACUGUACUUGCAAUAUCUGACAACAAGUCUGCACUGCUUGUGAGGCAUGCUUCUUGAACUGAUACAAAGGGUUAAAAUUUCAAAAGUGUCAGUGCAAAUACAUAUGACUAAUGGUAUUACCAGUAUAAGUGCUCUGUAAUUUGUGACUUCACACUGCAAUAUUUCGUCACCACAUAUGGUUAUGAAAAACAGGAACCAUCGAUAUUGUUUUGAUUGUGUACACAGCUUCGUCUUCUCAAUAGCCAACCAGCUUUCAUGAACAUGCAUGACUUCUACAAUGCAAGGUAUACCCGGUUUGCAUUGUACAGUGGCCCACUUGACACUUAUGUUACUCGUAUUAUCCACUAUAUGAAGUUGAUGCAUGGGUACAGCAUCCUGAUCCAGUGCACAGCACAUCCUGGUAUCUACCUUCGGUUUCUUAUGCCAAAGUAACUAUAAAUCCAGCUUGUGUACGAGCAAUACUGAGGCGCCUCUGUGGAGCAAUAAUAAAGAAGUAAAGUGUUAUCCAUGUGCUCGAAAACAAAUUGGAAUGAAAUUACACCAUUUACGACGUGUGAGAAGUUUUUUGACACUGUACCUGUUGUCAAGUGGCUCGAGAUAACGCAUGCGGCGGUCAUCGCGACAAAAGAUGGGUGCGUAAACCAACCAGCUCCCUCCGCAGACAAACGUCAUUGAAGAGCAGGUGAUCGGCGGUGCAACUGUCCCUGCACUAUCAGAGACAACCGACACCCGGUGUUCGUCAGGCUCCACUGGAAUACAACGAGUGCUGGGGCGUCUGUCAUUUCCAAGUGGACAAAUGUCAAAAUAUCCGACAGUGCACAAUCACCAUGAGUGAUCGGAUAUGACAGGCUUACCUGAAAGUGUCGUCGCCAUCGGACGGUUCCUUUUCACUGCCUGCACCUUCACCUGCGGCAGGAUCAAGUGGCAGAUGGUCUGCGGAGUAAGGGUCGUCAUCUAGCACAAUGUCUUCAACGCUGUAAUCCCCAGAAUCGCUUGGAAGCGACGCGACGUCACUUUCGUAUUACGACGAUUCCGUCAUGACGCUGGCUGUCUGCUCGCUGCCUCGCAUUUCAGAUGCUCGGCGACUCCACCGAUCAGCUGUGCGGGAAGGCGCGCUCUUAUUGGCCCCGUUGGGCGUGACGUUUUCAAGUCUUUGUGGAGAGCUGGUGGAGAGGGACUCCCUUGUCCGUCGUCUGCUCUUUCGAUGUAUUUCAUUAGAUUGCUCAGCAUAUACGCAACCUAUUCACUUGCGGUUUUCGCUACUCUUAUCAGAGGCCACCGAGAAAUAUUGUGGUACUGAAGUUCCGGAAUUGACCGAGAUGGAUGGGAUAGUCUCUUUAACGCGACAACUGCAGCGCUUCUCGCGCACCCGAGAGUGUGAGACUCCGUUCCGCAUUCCGAGCUCCCGUUUCAUUUCGGUGCGUGGAAGCAGAUGACAAGCGCCAGGUUGUUGUUGAAUUCCAAUAGCAGAUUCGGAGCGCUUCCGGAGCAAGUUCUGUUGCUCCGCCGGGAGCAAGUCAGUUCUAUUGGCAGAUUGGGAACAUUGCCGGUGUCUUUCAAUGGGAGCUUUGGAGGGGCAUUCAAGCCAAGAGCCAAGGUCGCUCCAGGGGCAACCCAAACUGCUCCGCCAAAAUAGGCAAAUUCAACCGGAACUCUCCGUGACGUAUCACUUGUCGCUCGCGCUUCCUAUUCCUGUCUCUGCUUCUCUAACCAACACCACCCAGAUAACAGGUGGUGGUUUAUCUAGGUGGUGUUGCGCUAACAUGGCCGCUUCGCAAUGAGUCUUCGCCGUGGCUGGUAUUUCACGCCGCACAUUGGCGAUUUUGUUCCUUGAAGAAAGCGGUGAGUCAGACAUUACCGUUGCAAACGUUAGGAGAUUAGGAGGACCUACGUGUUGCAAAACAUUGUGUUGUAGUGGAACAUGAGUACCUUCUUCUUCCGUCUCUGGCUGUCAUCCACCAUGGGAGAUUGGCAAGGGCUAAACUCCCAGUUGGGCGCAAGCUUUUCCAGUCACAGAUUCGGAUCACUUUCUCUAGACCAGAUUAAGCCGCUCCAUUGCGGAGUCUGCCCACUUGCUCCGGCUCUGCCAUUGGAAUUCAACAUGAGAUUUUCCGUGACGUACUUCCUGUUGAGCGCCGGCGGGACGACUCGGAAGCAAAAUACGGACUUUGUAUGUUACCCAGUGCUCCGAUUUCAGAAAACUAAUAUUUUCAUAAGCGUUAUGCUUUUGUAUUAGUGAACAACUCGCACACGGAUAUCGGCGGUUAUUCGCGGGAAAUGCGGUUCUUUAAUGGAGACAUCUUCACGCUAUGCAGCCUGUCACAGGGCGACAAGCUUGUUUUGUGGAUUUUUGUUGUUUAACAGUUUUUGGGUAAGUUAAUUUAGAAGAACACACUCUGGUUCGGAGGGACAUGACAUCUUCGGGAUGCUCAGAUUUAUGGCGUCCAGAUGCGUGGUCGGACACGUAGAGGAACAGACCCCGUUGAGAAACCCGACACUUCGACGCGACUGUUUUUGCGCCCUCCGAGUUGUUCUUGGUACCCCGCGGUGCGAUCAGUGCUGCUGCUUUCGCGUUGUUCGGACCGUGUACAUUAACCACACGCCACGUGUUGUAGUCUCUAAUUUUGUUUGGUUGUUUUGUUUCGCUGAAGCCAGGGACUUGGGAGUCGUCUUCACACUGAUGCAUUGACAGAAGAAAAUUAUUGUUUUUGCGUAAAAUGCCAGCUGUGUUUCGUGACAGAGGCGUGGUGACCUUUUCUCAGAAAAAAGGGGGGAUGCUCCGUGCAGUGACAUUUGGGAACCCCGUUUCCCGAGGUAAUAUAAGGGGUAACUGAGGGAAAGUGGGGCAGUCGUCGCAAGGUGGUCAGUUAAGAGUCUCAGCGAGAGGGUGGUGGGGAACAGUCUUGGGUAAGUUACUUCUAAAAAGUAACUGAGUUACAGUUACAGUUUAUCUGCCAAAAAUAGUAAUUAAGUUACAGUUAUAGUUACUUUCUUGGUCGAGUAACUAGUUACAGUUACUGAGAGAAAGUAACUUAGUUACAUUACAGUUACUUUUUAGAAAAAUGACCAUGAGAGGGUGAUACAAUUGUUAAAAACAUUCAUUUAUUUACAUUUACUGAAGUGCGAUAAAAGUUGUCUUGCACUUAACCAGAAGCAGUAUAAGUUAAUACGUGGUUAUCCCAUACGGAAAAAUACGACAUGUGCAUGCUGUGCAUGCGACCUGGCGCAUCGCGGUUAAAAAGAAGAGCACGGUGACGCGCACGUGUUUCCUAGCGUGUAGAGAGUACGGUUGCCACCAGGCCGGUAUUAUACCGGCACGGCCGGUUAUUUGCGCGCUCUGCCGGUAGGAAGGUGAUACCGGCAGCCUUUUGUCGGUAUUUGUGGCUCAACACCUUUCAUAGGGGCUUUUACGGAGUUUUCCUUUCAACAUUCCACUACAGCUUGAAUAAAUCUGGAGCACAGGCCCAACUCCGUAGUCACCAGUCGUUUUCUUAGUUAUUCAUUACCAUUACCAUUGUUGUCUUGAGCCUGUACACUCGUUCUUUCUCUCCCUGUGUACUCUCCACCCUUCACUUACUUCCCUUUCCCGCGAAGAUUUCCUCCUUUCCCUCUAUUCCACCUCCUCUCCCUCAGCCGGUAUUUUUCAGUACUAAAGGUGGCAACCCUAUAUCCACUGGAGGCAGGAUCCCGUGCUAGGGCGGUGACACUAUUACUCACAUAUGACUCACUCCGACCGUUGAGGGUCACUAAUUUAAACUUAUUUCUGUUCGCAAAGCUGGAAAUUCCAGUCUGGAAUUCCCUGCUUGGUUAAGAGCCCAAGGCACGGGGCACGUACCGAUUACGGAUAAAAGGAAGGAAGACACUGUUAAGGGGAAGUAGGGGAAGGUAGGGUAAAGAAAAAAAAGUACGACAUUUAUUCGAGUAACUAGUCACAUUUUGCAGUUACAUUCACAGAAAUAGUAACUAGUUACAGUUAAAAGCUACUUUUCUGGAAAUGUAACUAGUUACUGUAACUAGUUACCACCAAAAGUAACUAGUUACAGUUACAAGUUAAAAGUAACUUAGUUACUACCCAAGACUGGUGGGGAAGUUAGAGGAGUGGCGGCAAUGUACUGCAGGUGGACGAUGAUACAAGUUAGAAAUGUGUGUGAAAGCUGACUGAGUUCGGCAAGUGUUGUGAGUGAAGCGACGACUCAAGGGACCCACCGAGAACCACCGUUGGAAGUAGGCAGCGAUUGACCCCCUCCAAGACAUCGCAGAACUGAGCUAAGUGUGACUGUUUGGUUUGAAGUGGUACUGGCUCUGUGUAAUCUCAGUUUUUGCAACAUUAUUGUAGCAUGAGUAAAUAUGUUGUUGAUUGUAGUUCUGUGUACGUGUGCAAUCGUUCAGCCACUGACUGCAGCCGCUUGACCCGCUGAGUCCGAAUCAUAAUUAGUCACGGAGUUCCAGACAUUACUCGGUAUCGUCACCCGAACCCGUGACAAUUAACUGGCGUCCGCGACAGGACUCAGGGACAGUCGUAUUUAGAAGCGGUUAUGUGGGUGAGCGAGCGUACAGGUCGGAAACGUAAGGUGUACGGCAUGGAUUUGCACGAGCUGAUAGCCGUCGGAAAAGAGCUAGGUCUUCAGGGAGCCGCGCUGAAGGAAUGGGUAGAAAAAGAACAGAGGGAAAGAAGGGCUCAAGAAAGGGAGCUGUUGAAAGAGCAGGCACUUGCACGAGAGCAGGAACAGGUACGCGAAAACGAAGCGGCGAAAGCUAGAGCCGAAGAAGCAAAGGCUAGGGCUGAGGAGGCAAAACAGUUAGCGGAAGAAGAACGGCGAACUAUAGAGAUGAAGAUCAGGCUACAGGAACUGCAGAAUCAGAGUUCAGGCGCGACAACGACGAACGCUGCACGCGAGGUCGGUAACACACUACCGGUUACACCGCACCGUUGGCUUGCGCCGUUCGACGAAAGGCGUGAUGAUCUCGACGCGUAUCUGCUACGUUUCGAACGCCUGGCGACGGGACAACGGUGGCCAAAAGAGCAGUGGGCGACGGCGCUCAGCGUCUGUCUUAGUGGCGAUGCGUUGGGAGUUUUUGCCAGACUGACACCUGAGGACUCCGCUGAAUACGACAAGGUGAAGGCGGCUCUCCUUCAGAGAUUUAGGUUAACGGCGGAAGGUUUCAGGGAGAAGUUUCGAAGUGGGAAGCCAGUGGAUGGAGAGACCGGAACGCAGUUUGCAGCGCUGUUGAGUAACCUUUUCGACAGGUGGAUCGAUUUGUCUGAGACGAAGAAGGACUAUGCCAGCCUACGGGACCCCUUAUUGACGGAGCAGUUUGUCAAGGGGUGCCAGCCAAAGUUGGCCAUGUUUUUGAGGGAGCGAAAGACCGAAUCCUUGGCAGAUUUGGCGACGCUGGCUGACAGGUUUUUGGAAGCGCAGUGCCAGAGUCAUCUCGGGCAGAGAAAAUGCGAAAGUGACGGUUCAGAUGAAGAGCCAGCGCAAGCAGCAGCGACAAGGCACGCCCAUGAGAGGGAAGAAACGCGAACAAGAGGACUCUGUUUUUUGUGCAACAGAUUGGGACAUAAGGCAGCAUACUGUAGGAGUCGCCAAAGUAACGGGAAAUGUUAUUCUUGCGGGAAGGAAGGGCAUCAGGCAAGAAACUGCCCAGAGGAGAUGCCAGCAGUUUCCCAGUCAUCGUGUGUCAUCGUCCGAAGAGUUGAGGACAAGAGCUGUACAGAAAUUGACGUGAAGGAUGGACAUGUGGGACUCAAGAACGGCGCAAUGGUGCCCGUUGUAAACGCUUGUGUGACGCCCAAAACAGCGUUCCAGAUCGAAGGCAUGCCGGCCGCAACAGGAAAAAUGGGGAAGCGGGAAAUAACGGUCCUGCGAGACACAGGAAGCGACACGGUGAUUGUCAAGAGGGGACUGGUAAGACAAGAAGACAUGACCGGAAGGUACAGCCCCGUGCGCCUAGUAGAUGGGACUGUAAGGAAGUUACCGGAGGCGAGAAUUUUUGUGAAGGCUCCGUUCUAUAGGGGGCCUGUGACGGCAAAGUGUAUGGAAGCCCCACUGUAUGACGUGAUCAUCGGGAACGUUCCAAAUGCACGAGGACCUACUAAUCCUGAUCCGAAUUGGGAAGAAGCCGAUAGUGGAGAGGGUACCGUCGCAGAGACCAGGAAACAGAUGUGCGGCAGAUGUCCGACUCAGGCUGCGAAUGGUGGGAGCGAAAGGGGUGGGCGACCGAGAAGAUGGUAUGAACGAGCGCCACCGCGGAUCAGGAUGGAGCGUAGACGUUUGCAGUGUCAGUGCUCAGUCUCGAGCGGAAGGUUUAGAAGGGCGUAACUACGUGUGAGCCUCUGAAAGGAUGGGAACAAGGAAUCAACUAUAACAUGACAUGGGGAAUUCAGAAGUGAGUGUGUCGGCAGACUGCAGUGAAAGAAAGCGAAUCGUUGCAAAGUGGAUCGAGGGCGGUGUAAUAUUAGAGUUGAUUUUCGGUUCCGGAGUGUUGUAAAGCGUGUGUUAAUAAUGUUUCAGUAAGGUAGUGAUUGUUGUGAUACAGUGGUUAAUUUGUGGUUAUGGAUAAAUGAGAAUAUUGUGUUUGUACUUGAUGGCCUAUUAGUGCAGUGGCGUCGCAAAUGAUGAGUCAACCAGAGUGCACGAGUGUAAAGAUUUUGUCUGUACAUGUGGGUGUUUCGAAUAUUGUGAUGUAAUAUUCUUAAGACAGGGAUCGUCGUGUCACUUACGUCAAAUAUUGUGCAUUAUAGGUUAUGCAUUUUCUUGACGUACUUGUGCUGGUUGUAUCGCGAGUGUGGAUUUUUAUGGAGCGGACUUUGUUUCGCAUAUUAUGCCGGAAUCUUAUGUCUCGCCCUGUUUGUGGGUUUAGAAAUAUUAUUUUAUAAUAUUCUUAGCGAUGGGGUCGUGUCACAGGGCGACAAGCUUGUUUUGUGGAUUUUUGUUGUUUAACAGUUUUUGGGUAAGUUAAUUUAGAAGAACACACUCUGGUUCGGAGGGACAUGACAUCUUCGGGAUGCUCAGAUUUAUGGCGUCCAGAUGCGUGGUCGGACACGUAGAGGAACAGACCCCGUUGAGAAACCCGACACUUCGACGCGACUGUUUUUGCGCCCUCCGAGUUGUUCUUGGUACCCCGCGGUGCGAUCAGUGCUGCUGCUUUCGCGUUGUUCGGACCGUGUACAUUAACCACACGCCACGUGUUGUAGUCUCUAAUUUUGUUUGGUUGUUUUGUUUCGCUGAAGCCAGGGACUUGGGAGUCGUCUUCACACUGAUGCAUUGACAGAAGAAAAUUAUUGUUUUUGCGUAAAAUGCCAGCUGUGUUUCGUGACAGAGGCGUGGUGACCUUUUCUCAGAAAAAAGGGGGGAUGCUCCGUGCAGUGACAUUUGGGGACCCCGUUUCCCGAGGUAAUAUAAGGGGUAACUGAGGGAAAGUGGGGCAGUCGUCGCAAGGUGGUCAGUUAAGAGUCCCAGCGAGAGGGUGGUGGGGAAGUUAGAGGAGUGGCGGCAAUGUACUGCAGGUGGACGAUGAUACAAGUUAGAAAUGUGUGUGAAAGCUGACUGAGUUCGGCAAGUGUUGUGAGUGAAGCGACGACUCAAGGGACCCACCGAGAACCACCGUUGGAAGUAGGCAGCGAUUGACCCCCUCCAAGACAUCGCAGAACUGAGCUAAGUGUGACUGUUUGGUUUGAAGUGGUACUGGCUCUGUGUAAUCUCAGUUUUUGCAACAUUAUUGUAGCAUGAGUAAAUAUGUUGUUGAUUGUA